AUGUCGACGGCGACGACGGCGACGACGUCGGCACUCAACAAUUCGUCGGCGCCCUCCUCCGGACAGCAGCAGAAUGCGGUCGCUUCGCAAGCCAAACAGCUCAUGAUAGUGCUCCAAAAUGGAUCCUACAAGGUUCUUUCUUCCCUCCAGAAGCCGGCUCAACUUGUGUCGGAUUUGUUUGUGAAUAUAUGUUGGGGAGUGUGUCAGGGGAAAGAGACAGGUGCAAAAUACGCGCACACACACUCAUAUUAUUCGUGCGCACUGCUACUAACUUGGUGUGCCCCUGACGACGGAUAAAGCCAUUUGAAAGAGCAUUCAGAAGGCUGAUGGUAAGAAUACGGAAAGAUUGCCUUUGGAAUGGGAAACCUCAACUAAAUUUUAUAUUGAUAUCCUAAUUUUCUUCACUUUCAAAAUGAGAAUUUCAGGUUCUAUCACUUGGCGCCGAUGUUCUGCCCGAGUACAAAUUGCAGCCAACUCGGAUACAUCACUGCACCAUCGUACAUUACAGGUAGUCUACCGUAAUUCCCAUGCCAAUCCGCAUAUUGCUCUGUUCAGUCCGUUCAAAGCAGUCUGGGACUGGAUCAUCCUAUUACUUGUCAUCUACACGGCGGUUUUCACUCCGUACGUGGCCGCAUUCCUCCUCCGAGAACUGCAGGACACGGCGAAGAAGUCGAGGUUCACGGAACCGCUGGAGAUCGUCGACCUGAUUGUUGAUAUCAUGUUUAUUGUUGAUAUUAUUAUAAAUUUUCGAACAACAUACGUCAAUGAGAACGACGAGGUGAGUCCAUUCUCCAGUCGCUCUCCCAAUCGAUGUAGGCGUGUCAGGUGGUAUCGCAUCCCGGAAAGAUUGCCACGCACUACUUCAAGGGAUGGUUCAUCAUCGACAUGGUCGCCGCGGUACCGUUCGAUUUGCUGCUCGUCAGUACGAACAGUGAUGAGGUGAGUCCGUGAGCACUCAAAAACUGUUUCUGAAGGCAACGAGUUCAGACUACAACACUAAUCGGGUUGCUGAAAACUGCUCGUUUGUUACGAUUGGUACGGGUCGCCAGAAAACUGGAUAGGUAUUCUGAAUACGGAGCAGCCGUUCUUCUACUUCUUAUGGCAACAUUCGCGCUCAUAGCACACUGGCUGGCUUGUAUAUGGUGGGUUUGAAUUGGACGGAAAGGGGAGGAGAAUAAGCUGCGAUUUGUAGGUACGCAAUUGGUAGUGCAGAAUUAUCACACAAAGAAUACACGUGGUUGCAUCAGUUAGGUGAGUGAAUGACAAUGAAAUUCAAUUUCUUGAGUGAUGACGAUUUCAGCAAAACAGUUAGCACAGCCGUACACAUCAACGAACGGAACGAUACCAACUGGAGGUCCGACGUUAAAGAGUCGAUACGUGACGUCACUCUACUUCACUCUCUCGACUAUCACGUCCAUCGGAUUCGGAAAUGUGUCGGCGACGACGGACUCUGAAAAGAUAUUCACGAUCAUCAUGAUGAUCCUCGGAUCUUUGAUGUACGCCUCCGUGUUCGGAAAUGUUUCCGCCAUCAUUCAGAGGUUGUACUCGGGAACUGCUCGAUAUCACACAGAAAUGUCAAGGCUCAGAGAGUUCAUCAGAUUUCAUCAGGUUUGAAAGGAGCGUGAAUCAUUUCUCCGUCAACAGAGUACAUCCUUCAGAUUCCAAAUCCAUUGCGGCAAAGGCUAGAAGAAUACUUCCAACACGCGUGGUCGUACACGAACGGAAUCGACAUGAAUCUGGUGCUGAAGGGGUUUCCGGACUGUCUGCAGGCGGACAUCUGCCUCCAUCUCAAUCGCAAUCUUCUGAGCGGAUGUGCCGCUUUUGCAGGAAGUACUCCCGGAUGUCUCAGGGCACUAUCAAUGAGGUAAUCAGAUACAAACGGCAGACUUCGUAAUCCUGUCAUUUCUUGCAGGUUUCGAACAACUCACUCGCCUCCUGGAGACACUCUGGUGCACAGGGGAGACAUUCUAACGGGCCUGUACUUCAUAGCAAGGGGAAGUGUCGAAAUACUGAACGACGACAACACCGUCAUGGGCAUUCUGGGUGAGAUUCCGGCGAGAAGAACCUGCUAAUAACCUUCAACUUAUCCAGGAAAGGAUGACAUAUUCGGGGAGAACCCUUUGUUGUACGAUGAAGUGGGCAAGUCGUCGUGCAAUGUGAGGGCACUCACCUAUUGCGACCUUCAUAAGAUCUUAAGGUAUUCAUUUAACGGACCAGUCUUUUGAAAUUGCCUUUUCUGUAGGGACGAUCUUCUGGACGUCCUCGACAUGUACCCCGAGUUCGCCGAAACUUUCUGCAAGAAUCUCACAAUCACCUACAACUUGAGAGACGACGCACAGAGUCUUCGGAAGAAGUUCGACAGGCACAAGCUGCUCAGAAUGUCGUCGUCGCUCAACAAGGAAAGGUACACGACGCCCCCAGAAGGAGAGAACAAUCCGGGAGGCGUUCGUCGGAGUGCCGAGUCGGUCUCCCGAUGCGAUUCGAAUCCGAUCGACCGUCGACAGUCCGCCGGGUCCAGAAGUGAGUUCCAUUCCGCUUCCCCUCCCGCCCCGCCCCUCUCCGCUUUCUCACCUUGCCUUCCCUUCCCUUCCGUUCUUGUGCCCAUCCCUCUGACCUACUAACACAGGCUCGUCUCGUUGCUCACCCCCACACGCCGCUCUCACGGCCACACGCUCCGAAGCGACUCCGCUGCUGCGCCGUCCGAAUCAUCACGAUGACGAGGACGCGCUGUUCGAUGACAUCCGAGCGUUCGCACGUGGCAACACUGUCACGAUGGCUCCGACUGCGGCCGGAAAUUCGGUGGCGCCGACGAUGAUGAUGCACAACGACGGGACGCCUUCGCAACAGCUGAGCGGUGAGAUGAGAGGCAUGGAGUGGCAAAAAAACUGAUUAACACGCACAUUCUGCCGAAAAACAAACGCUUCUUCUCCCGUUUUAGAGUGACUUUGACCCAUUCACAGUUUGAGCACUGAAGUAAACAUUCUCAGAUGAAAUACCAGAUUCUCGUUGACUGUUCCCAAAAGAAUCAUUCUCUUUCAGACCGAUCAGACGAAUUCGAGGAUCGCAGGUCGCACAUGUUCAGCAGGAGGCUCGAAUCACUCGAAAAGUCGCCAGUUCCCUCAAUAACUGCCCUCUAACUCUGAUCGUUUUCAGUCAAAUCGAACGGAUGCAGAACAAGUUCAACAGUGACAUGGAGACACUCAUCAAACUGGUCAAAGAGCAGGCGAUGGCCCGCAAUAACGGAGCGUCGAACGAAGGUAGGCGGUGACCGUUCCGCGUCCGUUCCGCGUCCGUUCCCGCCGCCUUCCGAGCAGGUCUGUUAUCCGCAUCUACACACACACACACAUUCUUCACCGGUUCCCGUCCGAGGUAGAAUUCAUCCUAGCCCUGCCCAGUUCCCCGUUUUCUUUCAUUUCUCCAUAGUCUCCAGCAUCUACUCUGACUCAUUUUUCGUGAUUCUUCAUAUUGUAAUCCCAGUGGUCGUCAAAUGUGUGUUGCAGUGAUUCAAUCAAAUAAUAUUCAUCCACGUUUUAUCCACCCGUUCCUCUAGAAUAUUCAUCACAAAGAUCAGUUCUAGCAGCACAGUCACCUAGUCUCUCAUUCAUUUUUUUUUCGUAUCGUAAUCCGUCUCCUCUUCCUUUUCCUCAUUUUUUUUUCAGAUUACUGUAGUUACCGUACACUUCUCAAGUAUCUUUCCCACCUGAUUAUUUCCUUAUUUUUAUUAGUCUUAUACAUUUUUUGGUUACUUUUUUGGUGAAAAACGUGGAAUGUGUGUGUGUUAUGCGAUAACAAUCGGCCUUGCACGAUUGGUAUGCAUUGAAUGGGUUUUCGACUUCGCCUCUUCUUUUAGAGACACUUUUGUCAUUUCGAGCAGAAAGGACUCUAGAAAUGACUAACCAUUUUGAGAUUAUUUCCUCGUUUUCCCAAUCAAAAUCUUCUUCAGGUACAGCUGAAAUAACCGCUCGACACCGCCCGAACAACUACAUCUCGUCGGCGAUCCGUCUUCCGAACGGAGGCGGUGGCGGCAUCGUCGACGAGAUGCGAGUGUCCCGACUGUCCUCGCACGAACCGCCGACGCCCACGCAAGAGUGCGACACGAUUCUCUGA